CCAACAAGUCAUCGGACCUGUCAAUCAUCCGGUCGGCGCCCUUUGAUGUCGGGACUCUUCGCCUUGUCUUGGGCUCAAAUGAGCUGUUUGCUGUUGUAGGGAAACAUUAGCCCUCUACCAACCAGCCAGCCGGGGACGACACAUCUCAACUUUUUUUCCCUGCGUGCGGUGGGGGUUUCUACACUUUUGGAGGCGCCCCAGACUGAGGAGUUUUAACAGACAAAGUCCCUUCAUUCUUUUCUUUAUUUAUACUUUUUUUUAUUGUUGUUGUUCUUUUUAAGUGUAUACUAUCGCAAAGGAGGUGGGAGAAGAAGACAUGCCUCAGCUCAGCAGCGGCGGCGGGGACGACCUGGGAGCGAAUGAUGAGAUGAUAGCGUUUAAAGACGAAGGGGAGCAAGAGGAGAAAAUCCAAGAAAAUGCGUUCACGGAGAGAGACCUGGCCGACCUCAAGUCCUCUCUGGUGAACGAGUCGGAAAUAAAUCAAAGUCCGAACGCAGCGGCGGUCAGACGGGGACAGCAGGGCGAACAGAGGGGCUUCCCAGACAAACACCGGGUGCAUCAUGACGGAGUGUCGAAGCAUCAAGAUGGAGGCAUGUACAAGACGCCGGCGUAUCCAGGGUAUCCGUUCCUGAUGCUGCCUGACCCCUACCUCCCCAACAGCUCUGUUUCUCCAUCUUCCAACAAAGUGUCGGUGGUGCAGCAGUCUCACGGGAUGCAUCCGCUGACGUCCCUCCUGCCCUACAGCAACGAGCACUUCAGCCCAAGUCCUCCACACCUGCCCACAGACAUGAGCCAGAAGACAGGCGUUCACAGGCACCAGUCCCAGGACCUCUCGGGGUAUUACUCCCUCCCUCCAGGCGGCGUCAGCCAGAUCACUCCCUCCAUGGGCUGGCAGAGCCAGCCAGUCUAUCCUGCCCUGUCCCCCUGUGGAUUCAGGCAGCCCUACUCCUCCAACCUCUCCAGCGCCGCCUCCUACUCCAGGUAUCGUAGCCUGCUGGUCGGACCAAGCCAGACCGAGCCAAGAAAGUUCCCUCACUCUCUGAUGCUAGGCCCAUCAGGCAUGCAUCCUACAGGGAUCCCCCACCCAGCCAUAGUGCCCCCUACAGGAAAACAAGAGCACGAUCAGUAUGACAGGGGCAUGUAUGUGAAGCCGCAUAUGGAAGCCAAGCGGGAGAAGGAGCCCAAGAAGCCGGUCAUCAAGAAACCCCUGAACGCCUUCAUGCUCUACAUGAAGGAGAUGAGGGCGAAGGUCAUCGCAGAGUGCACAUUAAAGGAGAGCGCCGCCAUCAACCAGAUUCUGGGACGACGGUGGCAUGCACUGACCCGGGAGGAACAGGCCAAGUACUACGAGUUGGCGAGGAAAGAGAGACAACUCCACAUGCAGCUCUACCCGACCUGGUCUGCCAGAGACAAUUACGAGGCGGGCCUUAGCGGGGUCGCAGGGGAAAAGAGUAAAGCUGAUUGGAAGAGGAGAAAAAGGGAGAAGCUGCAGGACUCCAAUACAGACCCGGGCUCUCCUAAGAAAUGCCGGGCUCGCUUCGGCCUCAACCAACAAACGGACUGGUGCGGUCCUUGCAGGAGGAAAAAGAAGUGCAUUCGCUACCUUCAAGGAGGAGGCUGCCCCAGCCCAACUUCUUCAGAUUUAAGUGCUAUAGACUCUCCCCCGUCCCCCGCCCGCCACCGUCUCUACCAGCACCAGCUCCCCCCCUCCCCGGGCUGCUCCCCACCCACCUCGCCGUCAACACACCUCCCCUUGUCUCCGCCAGCACACACGCGCUCACACACGCGCUUACCCCCGCAGCAGUCCGCCGGCAAGCGCGGCGACCUCCGCCAGCCCGCGACCAAACACGCCCACACGCACCCGGGACUGACGGGCAAGCAGACGCACAGCUCGACGGCGGCGCUGUCGGCCGCCAAGGCCGCAGGACUCUCUCUCAAAGUGCUAACAGAGUCUCAGUGAUCGCUGUGGUCCGCUCACAUCCCUGACCCCAUGAAGUCCAUCUUCCUCACCUGCCAUCAUUCUCACAUUAUCCAUAACCUGCGGUCCUUUAUUUUUUUUUUGUGGGGGGGGGGAUUUAAACUACAAUAGGAGUGACCGAGCGUGGCAGGGUGGUGUAGUGAAGAAAGGGGAGCCAUCCUUCACCCUCCGGUGACAGCCUGCAUCCGCCCUGCUCGAUUUCCCCAGAGUAAGAUACUAGCUGUGUGUCAGUUCAGAGGCUGGAUCCUCCAAAGUCUGUUUCUAGACAGAACACAUCGAUAAACGGGUCAACGAGGCCCAUUCCUCCUCAAAGCCCCCUUCAAUUGGUCAAUUAUUUAAUCAAGCAUUCAGCCCGAAAGUCUGGAAAUAUUUGGCAGAUUUACGGUUCAUCAAUCGCUGGUAAAUUGUUAGCAGCCUGCCCAUGUUAAUGAGGUCAGUAUGAACCAAUAACCAUACAGUAAUCCUACUGUAAAUUUGGGACUUCCUGGUCACGAAGCUAAUUGUUGACGAGGAACACGCGAGCGGAGCCGAGUCUGUGAGGCUUUACCGUGUCAUUGGGAAGAGAAGCCUCUGUCAGGCGGUCCACUGAACGAUCCGCUUUUUGGAGCCCCAUCCUUGGGAGGACCCAGCCCCUGAACUGGUGACUGAAACC